AUGAACAACCACUUUCCAGAAGAGUUGUUGUUACAGAUUUUGCUAUGGCUGCUUGUAUUACCCUAUCGCGAUUCAACUGCGUUUGCAAAUCCUGUACCCUUACCAUCAUCAAACUCUGGAAUUAUCGACAAGAGAGCACGGAUGUAUAUCAUGGGCUCUUUUAAUGGUCCCGUUUGUCUUCACGAUAGCGGUAGUUGGAAUAAUACUCUUUUAUGGAACCCUGCAACUAAAGAAACAAAGGUUGUCCCCAUAUCAAACAUGCCCCUCCUUUCUGCCGACUACGAUAUUGUCUCCCUUAACGACAUAGGAUUUGGCUUUGAUGCCAAAACUUACGACUACAAGAUAAUCAGCCAUUUCCAUCUCUACGAACUUGACCCUUACUUAGAACAAUACUCGCCGAUAAUCACGUACCGUAGUGAGGUAUAUACCUUAAGAGCCGAUUCUUGGAGAGAAAUUGACAGCGUCCCUUGUCAUAUUUGGGAUUCUACUAGAGGUAUGAGGACAAACCAGAAUGGGAUGGGUACUUGGUGGGCAUCGGGUGAUAAUGGUAUAAAUUGGGAAGGUAUUUUGUCAUUUGACAUAACCAAGGAGGUAUUCCUAGAAACUCCGCUGCUAGAUGUUAGCGAUAGAGUGUAUCCCUUUUGUAAAUAUCUAGAAUAUUUCUUGUUGAACGAAUUGGUUGCUCUCGCUAUUUCUUGGAAAGUUAUAGGCGAAGAGGGGUUGCGAAUGUGGUGGGAUAUAUGGUUGUUGCAUGAAUAUGGGGUUACGGAAUCUUGGACAAAGUUGUUCAGGGUUGGCCCUCUUACUGGAGUUAUUUGA